CGUACAUCAUAUAAGAGUCUGAAGUUGAGAUUAGGAACAUUAUUUUAUAAUUUCCCACUCGCAACAUGGAAGACAGCAAGAGCUUUCUUGCAGCCUGUCUUUUAUUCUUGCACCUAAUUGGAUCUGGAGAGUGUCAGCAAAUCAUUUCCCAGCACCCAGAGAACCAAUUUAACAUUGAAGCUGGAAAUAAUGUUGUAUUCUCAGUGACUUUAAGUGAAACCCUCGGCAAUGAGCAGUUCUUUUGGGUGUUUAAUAGAGUUCAAAUUUCGGCAGGUGCUACUGGAUAUUCAGGGCUGGGUACACGAGAGCUAGUUGUCUUGAGUGCAAAUAGUGAUGACGUAGGAACGUAUAGUGUGGCAGUAGUCCUUGGAGGUGGAGUAGGAGGUUUUAUAUUCUCAGACGCUGCUACACUGACUCUUUUGCUUGUACCUGUGAUUACUGCACAGCCAUUGGAUCAGCUGGAUAUCCCAGCUGGUACGAAUGCAGUGUUCAGUGUGACAGCAACUGAUGCCGUGAAUUAUCAAUGGCAAACAGUUGGUGUUCCAUCAGUUGACAUUUCAACCUCAGAUCCUGGCUACACGGGAGCGGAUACUGCAUCUCUUACUGUGUUAGCUGUGGACUUGGGUGAUACUGCAAUGUAUCAAUGUGUAGCCAGAAAUGGACUUGGACCUACUACUUCAGAUCCAGCUCAGCUUACAGUCCUACUUCCUCCCACUAUUGGUGAUGAUGAUCAGCCAACAGAUGCUAAUGUUGCUCCUGGCAACACCGCUAUCUUCACAGUGGCCACGUCUGGUGAAGGAUUAAGGUUUCAGUGGUUUAUGGUCGUUUCUGAUGCUCCAGACAUUGCCCUUACCAACGGUGGUAAUAUGUUUGGCGCUACAACUAAUUCUUUAGCCAUCAUAGAAGUCAUGGAAGCUAAUGAGGGGGAUAUGUAUUAUGUGGUUGUCACUAACGAUGCUGGAUUUGUCCAAUCUAACACUGUUUCCAUUUCUGUCGUCGACCCACCGGUCAUUAGUGUGCAACCCCUGAGUUUGAGUGCCCAGGCUCCUGGUGCGAGUGUCACCUUCACUGUGGUUGCUACGGGCACCGGCCUCACAUACCAAUGGCUAUUAGAUGGAAUAGCAAUAACUGAUGCCGAUGAAGAUGGUUCAAAAUACUCUGGAACCAAUUCGGCCACUCUGACUGUGAACGACCUGGUACAUCCUGAUGACGAGGGAUCUUAUAUUGUGAUAGUGGAAAAUGUAGCUGGCUCUGUGAAUUCAGAUCCCGCCACACCAGAAAUUGUUGAACCUAUCAACAUCAUCUCUGAUCCUGAAAGUGUAACAGUGGCUGUCGGUGAAUCGGCAUCCUUCACUGUCAUAGCAACAGGGGACGCUCUUACCUACCAGUGGAGACGAAAUGAAGCAAAUCUAAACUCUGCCAACACUGCCAAGUAUACAGGAGUUACCGAGGCAACGUUGGUGGUGAUGAACGCAGUUGAUGUCGAUGACGAGGGUGCCUACUCAGUGGUGAUCAGCAAUGCAGCUGGAGAUAUUGCGUCAGAUAACACUGCUAUCUUGACAAUCCUAACUCUUCCAUUGAUAAUAACGGAGCCAGAGAGCCAAGUAGCUUUGUCUGGAGCAACGGUGACCUUCAGCAUUGUUGCUAUGGGUGAUGGACUCGUCUACCAAUGGUUAAAAGACAUGGAUAACAUUGUGAGCACAGAUGUCAACUAUUCUGGAGCGCAGAGCGCCACCCUGACUAUUGUCGCGGCAAGGGAGCCCGAGGAUGAGGGAGUGUACGAUUGUGUGGUUGUCAACGCUGUCGGGUUGGACACCUCCAUGGAAGCCACUCUGGAAAUCAUCAACUGCGCAACACUUGAUCCUGCCCCUACCAACGGUGUGAUCACUUACUCUAUGGUUCCUGCUCUGCUUAAUGGUGGCUACUCCAGCGGGGCUACUGCCACCUACAGCUGUACAAUGGGUCAGCUGUUUAAUGGAGACACCACUAGGGAGUGUAUGAAUAUUGGGGCGUGGAGCGGAACAGCACCUGAGUGCCUGGAUUAUUGUGAGCCACUAUCUGUGACUGAUGGAGAUGUGAUCUAUGACAAAUCAGAAAACUUGAUGAGCAACUACCCCUCUGGAACAGUUGCUACACAUUCGUGUUCUGCUGAUUUUGGUUUUGUAGGUGAGAGCACAAGGACUUGUAUGGCAAGUGCUGUUAAUAUUGGUCUUACUACGUGGAGUGGAGAGCCCAUCAACUGUCAGCUUGCUGAAUGUCCCGAACUGGAUCUGGCUAACGGUCAAAUCAGCUAUGCUUCUGACAGUACCCCCGAUAUUGUUGUUGGUACGGAAGCCACUCACACUUGUGACAAUGCCUACGCUCUUUCUGGAGCCAGUGUGCUCACUUGUACUCAAGGCAACCCGAAUAACAUCAUCGGUAUUUGGGAUCUACCCUCUCCUACUUGUGACUUGGACGCACCCGUGAUUGACAAUGAGCCCCAAGACCAGAUUGACAUUAAUCAGGGUCAAGAUGCUACCUUCACCGUAGUGGCUAGUGGUGUGAUGCUCAUCUACCAAUGGAUGAAAGACGGAGCGGCCAUUGCAGAUACGCCAAACACAUACUCGGGUACAAUGUCAGAUACGCUGACUGUGCUCUCUGUCGAUUCUUCUGAUGAAGGGGAGUACAGCGUCCUAAUAGCCAACAAUGCAGACAUUUUAUCUGAGCCAGCCACACUGACUAUUUUGCUCAUCCCUACAAUUACCACUCAGCCACUAGACAUGUGUAUCACUCAAGGCAAUUCAUUCACUCUGUCUGUUGCUGCUUCCAGUCGAUUUCUUACUUACCAGUGGUUUGCUGGUACAUCUCUCAGUAAUGGGAUGCCACUUAUUGAUGGUGGCCAAGUCAGUGGAGCCACUAGUGAUGAGUUGACUAUAAUGGCAGCAGCUGCAACUACGACGUACUUUGUUAUAGUGAGCAAUCCUGCUGGGACAGCUAUGUCAACAGUUGCCACUAUCACCGUCGUGAAUGCUCCAGACAUCAGCGUCCAACCAUCAAGCCUGGCCAAUCAAAUCCCUGGAGAAGAUGUCAUGUUUACAGUCACAGCGUCGGCUGAAUGUGGUGGCCUCACCUACCAGUGGUUUAUGGGAGAGAGCAUGCUUACUGACAGUGACAAGUAUGGUGGGGUUACCACGGACACUCUGACAGUGAUGGAUAUCAUACACCCUGACGAUGAGGGGGCGUACACAGUAAUGGUCUCUAGUCUCUUUAGCACAGUGGAAUCUAGUGUGGCUGAUCUUGAUAUCGUUGAGCCAAUCUCUAUCACUAGACACCCCAUGGACACAACAGUUGCUAUUGGGGCAGCCGCCACCUUCACAGUGAUGGCCGAUGGAGACUCACCUUCGUAUCAAUGGAUGUUCAAUAGAAAUCCUAUUACCGAAACACCGUUGAAGUUUAUCGGAGUCACUACGUCUACACUGAUGGUAUUAAAUGCCGUUGAUGGAGACGAGGGUAGGUAUUCAGUGAUGGUGACAAACGCUGCGUCUCCUGCUCCGGGUGUAGUGUCCAACCCAGCCACACUCACAGCAUUGGCCCCCAUUAGCAUUACAACACCGCCUGCGGAUGAAUUCAACGUGGCGCCUGGAACUGACGUUGUAUUCACUUGUGCUGCUAGUGGCGACUCUCCAUCCUAUCAAUGGCGUAAGGACAGUGAUGACAUCACUAAUUCAGCUGAAGCAUUUGAAGGAGCAACGACAGUUACUCUAACUGUGAUCAAUGCACAAGCAGAUGAUGUUGGCCUCUACUCUUGUGUAGUGUCCAAUGUUGUUAGUACACAGACCUCCACUGCAGCUAACUUGCAGCUGUCUCCAGAGUUCACCUUCUCUUCAGCCGAGUACGAGGUUGCUGAGGGUAACAGAAUGAUCACUGUGCAUAUGGAUUUUAUCAGUGGUUUCAUUAAUGAAAACGUGGAGAUAGUCCUGUCCACAUCGGAUGAUUCUGCUGUUAAUACCAUGGACAGCUUUGGUUGUUUUGACUACACCGCUACCAUGGCAACUCUUACGUUCACUGUGGGUACCAGACCACGAUCCAGUGGGUAUCGAAUGGCAGUGAAUAUUCCUAUAAACAAUGAUAAUUGUGUUGAACUUGAAGAGACUUUUGACGUUACUGCCACGGCUAUGGAUUCUAAUGUGAGAUUUCAAAUUGGCGGUGAUAGUACAGUUGUCAGCAUUCCUGCCAAUGAUGAGAUAAUCAUCAGCUUUAGCCAGGAUACAUACACAGUGGAUGAGACCAGUCCAACGGUGGCUAUAAUUUUCUCUCUGACCGAGAGCAGUGGAGUGCUAACCUUCCCCAUUGUCCUAACUCUGUCUGAUGCUGGUGGAAGCUCUGCUACUAAUGGUGGUGAUGAUGCUGACUACAACUAUAUCAAUCCGGAGGUGACGAUUCCAGCUGCAUCAGGACCCGAGGAUUCAAUUACAGUCAAUAUUGAAAUCGUAAAUGACCUAAGGGACGAACCUACGGAGAUUUUCAACAUUCAAGUUGCUCGCGACUCUAAUCGUGCUAAUUUUCUGAAUAAUAACAAUUUAGCUCAAGUACAGAUUAUGGAUGAUGAUGUGUGCUUGGUUGGUGUGGAAAUGGCCGAUUAUGCUGUGUCUGAGGACCUUGCCACAGUGGAGGUGUGUUUAGUCAAGAUGAACAAUGUGAUUUUGGCUAGUGCCAUUACUGUGAGAGUGUCUACUGGUGAUGUUGCUGCCGACAGUGACGUCGAUUCAGCUGAAGCCGACGUUGACUAUACCCAACAGGAUAAUGUUGCUCUAACUUUUGGCCCUAGUGACACACGAUCGUGUAUAUCUAUCCCCAUCAAUAACGAAGAACUUGAAGAGAUGACUGAGAACUUUGGUGUGUUCUUCACCAGUGAGUCACCCGAGUCUCUGAAUUUUAUGGAGGGACAGGACAAUGCUGAAGUGCGCAUCUUGAACGAUGACGAGAAUUGUCCUGCACUGUCUUCCAUCAGAAAUGGAAUGCCAAUCUCCUACCUUCCGAUUGUUCUCGCUAACGGACAAUACUUGAUUGACACUGUUGCCACUUACAGUUGUAGCGAUGGGCAGCUGUUCAACGGAGACAUCACUAGGACAUGUAUGAGCACUGGGGAGUGGAGUGGAACAGCACCUGUGUGCCUGGACUAUUGUCCUUUGCUAACUCUUCUCGAUAAUGGAAUGAUCACGUAUGAUCCUGCCUUCGGAAACAUAAAUGGCAACUUUCCAGAAGAAACUACUGCUAACUUUGAAUGUGAUGCAGACUACACUUUGGUGGGGAGUGAGCGAAUAUGCACAGCCAGUGACGGGUCUGGUAUGGGCAGCUGGAGUGGAGUGGAUGCUGUUUGUCAGCUGGACGCCCCUGUGAUUACUGAUCAGCCUGAUGAUCAGAUUGACAUAAUCCAAGGCAUGAAUGCCAUCUUCAGUGUGGAAGCUUCUGGUCUGAUGCUCACAUAUCAAUGGCAGAAAGGUGGAGUGGGUAUUUCAGACACCGAUGACACAUACUCUGGUACGACAUCGAAGACAUUGACUGUGAUCUCUGUAACUGAACCGGAUGAUAACGGAGACUUCAGAGUGGUGGUGACUAAUCCAACUGGAUCUGUGACCUCCACGCCCGCUACUCUAACAGUGUUGGCCCCGCCUAUCAUUGAAACAGACCCUCAGGAUAUGUGUGUUGCCAUGGACAGCUCAAUCACACUGUCUGUCACUGCCUCUGGCCGUGACCUCUCAUACCAGUGGUUUCAAGGAGUGAAUUCACUGGCGGGUGAAGCAACUGAUACGCUGACUGUCACCGUGACUGCAACCACUACGUACUCUGUUGAAGUGAGCAAUGCUGCUGGGGUGGACACAUCAGAAGAUGCUGUCAUCACUAUUGUUACCAUCCCCCAAUUCACUGUGCAACCAAGUAGCGUGGCAAAUCAACUCACCGGGAGUGAUGUCACAUUCACAGCUGAAGCUACAGUUAAUUGUGGUGACCUAUCCUACCAGUGGUGUAAAGAUGGCGAACCAAUCCCUCUGCUUGAUGAAGAUGACGAACAAACCCAAGCACAGAAGUAUUCCGGCUCGACUACAAACUCGCUGACUGUACACAACAUUAUGUACCCUGAUGAUGAGGGGGUGUUCACACUCAAGAUCACCAAUGACGCCACGGCUGUUAUCGAGUCAAUGAGCGCCACCCUAGAUAUCUUGGACCCCCCGAUGAUCACCAUUCAGCCAUUGAGUCUUCCUUCUGCCCCGGAGGGCGAGGACGCCACCUUCACUGUGGAAGCUUCUGGUCUGAUGCUCAGCUAUCAAUGGCAGAAAGAUGGAGUCCCCAUUGUAAACACGGAAGACACAUACUCUGGAACGCAAUCUGAGACACUGAGGGUGCUCUCUGUAACAGAACCGGAUGAUAACGGAAUGUUCAGAGUGGUGGUGACUAAUCCGACUGGAUCUGUGACAUCCACGCCCGCUACUCUAACAGUGUUGGCCCCGCCUAUCAUUGAAACAGACCCUCAGGAUAUGUGUGUUGCCAUGGGCAGCUCUAUCACACUGUCUGUGACUGCCUCUGGCCGUGACCUCUCAUACCAGUGGUUUCAAGGAGUAAAUUUACUGGUGGGUGAAACAACUGAUACGCUGACGGUCACCGUGACUGCAACCACUACGUACUCUGUUGAAGUGAGCAAUGCUGCUGGGGUGGACACAUCAGAAGAUGCUGUCAUCACUAUUGUUACCAUCCCCCAAUUCACUGUGCAACCAAGUAGCGUGGCAAAUCAACUCACCGGGAAUGAUGUCACAUUCACAGCUGAAGCUACAGUGAAUUGUGGUGACCUCUCCUACCAGUGGUGUAAAGAUGGCGAACCAAUCCCUCAGUCUGAUGAAUAUGACGAACUAAAUCCUCUUGAGGAGAGAGUGAAGAGGACUAGGGAGGAGUAUUCCGGCUCGACUACAAACUCGCUGACUAUACACAACAUUAUGUACCCUGACGAUGAGGGGGUGUUUACACUCAAGGUCACCAAUGACGCUGCGGCUGUUAUCGAGUCAAUGAGCGCUACCCUGGAUAUCUUGGACCCCCCGAUGAUCACCAUUCAGCCAUUGAGUCUUCCUUCUGCCCCGGAGGGCGAGGACGCCACCUUCACUGUGGAAGCUUCUGGUCUGAUGCUCAGCUACCAAUGGCAGAAAGAUGGAAUUCCCAUUGAAAACACGGAAGACACAUACUCUGGAACGCAAUCUGAGACACUGAGGGUGCUCUCUGUAACAGAACCGGAUGAUAACGGAAUGUUCAGAGUGGUGGUGACUAAUCCGACUGGAUCUGUGACAUCCACACCCGCUACUCUAACAGUGUUGGCCCCGCCUAUCAUUGAAACAGACCCUCAGGAUAUGUGUGUUGCCAUGGACAGCUCUAUCACACUGUCUGUCACUGCUUCUGGCCGUGACCUUUCAUACCAGUGGUUUCAAGGAGUGAAUUCACUGGUGGGUGAAACAACUGAUAUGCUGACUGUUACCGUGACUGCAACCACUACGUACUCUGUUGAAGUGAGCAAUGCUGCUGGGAUGGACCCGUCUGAAGAUGCUGUCAUCACUAUUGUUACCAUCCCCCAAUUCACUGUGCAACCAAGUAGCGUGGCAAAUCAACUCACCGGGAAUGAUGUCACAUUCACAGCUGAAGCUACAGUGAAUUGUGGUGACAUCUCCUACCAGUGGUGUAAAGAUGGCGUACUAAUCCCUCAGUCUGAUGAAUAUAACGAACUAAAUCCUCUUGAGGAGAGUGUGAAGAGGGCUAGGGAGGAGAAUUCCGGGAAGACACAGAAGUAUUCCGGCUCGACUACAAACUCGCUGACUAUACACAACAUUAUGUACCCUGACGAUGAGGGGGUGUUCACACUCAAGGUCACCAAUGACGCUACGGCUGUUAUCGAGUCAAUGAGCGCAACCCUAGAUAUCUUGGACCCCCCGAUGAUCACCAUUCAGCCAUUGAGUCUUCCUUCUGCCCCGGAGGGCGAGGACGCCACCUUCACUGUGGAAGCUUCUGGUCUGAUGCUCAGCUAUCAAUGGCAGAAAGAUGGAGUCCCCAUUGUAGACACGGAAAACACAUACUCUGGAACGCAAUCCGAGACACUGAUGGUGCUCUCUGUAACAGAACCCGAUGAUAACGGAAUGUUCACAGUGGUGGUGACUAAUCCGACUGGAUCUGUGACAUCCACGCCCGCUACUCUAUCAGUGUUGGCCCCGCCUAUCAUUGAAACAGACCCUCAGGAUAUGUGUGUUGCCAUGGGCAGCUCUAUCACACUGUCUGUCACUACUUCUGGCCGUGACCUUUCAUACCAGUGGUUUCAAGGAGUGAAUUCACUGGUGGGUGAAAGAACUGAUACGCUGACUGUCACCGUGACUGCAACCACUACGUACUCUGUUGAAGUGAGCAAUGCUGCUGGGAUGGACCCGUCUGAAGAUGCUGUCAUCACUAUUGUUACCAUCCCCCAAUUCACUGUGCAACCAAGUAGCGUGGCAAAUCAACUCACCGGGAAUGAUGUCACAUUCACAGCUGAAGCUACAGUGAAUUGUGGUGACCUCUCCUACCAGUGGUGUAAAGAUGGCGUACUAAUCCCUCAGUCUGAUGAAUAUAACGAACUAAAUCCUCUUGAGGAGAGUGUGAAGAGGGCUAGGGAGGAGAAUUCCGGGAAGACACAGAAGUAUUCCGGCUCGACUACAAACUCGCUGACUAUACACAACAUUAUGUACCCUGACGAUGAGGGGGUGUUCACACUCAAGGUCACCAAUGACGCUACGGCUGUUAUCGAGUCAAUGAGCGCAACCCUAGAUAUCUUGGACCCCCCGAUGAUCACCAUUCAGCCAUUGAGUCUUCCUUCUGCCCCAGAGGGCGAGGACGCCACCUUCACUGUGGAAGCUUCUGGUCUGAUGCUCAGCUAUCAAUGGCAGAAAGAUGGAGUCUCCAUUGUAGACACGGAAAACACAUACUCUGGAACGCAAUCCGAGACACUGAGGGUGCUCUCUGUAACAGAACCGGAUAAUAACGGAAUGUUCACAGUGGUGGUGACUAAUCCGACUGGAUCUGUGACAUCCACGCCCGCUACUCUAACAGUGUUGGCCCCGCCUAUCAUUGAAACAGACCCUCAGGAUAUGUGUGUUGCCAUGGACAGCUCUAUCACACUGUCUGUGACUGCCUCUGGCCGUGACCUCUCAUACCAGUGGUUUCAAGGAGUAAAUUUACUGGUGGGUGAAACAACUGAUACGCUGACGGUCACCGUGACUGCAACCACUACGUACUCUGUUGAAGUGAGCAAUGCUGCUGGGGUGGACACAUCAGAAGAUGCUGUCAUCACUAUUGUUACCAUCCCCCAAUUCACUGUGCAACCAAGUAGCGUGGCAAAUCAACUCACCGGGAAUGAUGUCACAUUCACAGCUGAAGCUACAGUGAAUUGUGGUGACCUCUCCUACCAGUGGUGUAAAGAUGGCGUACUAAUCCCUCAGUCUGAUGAAUAUAACGAACUAAAUCCUCUUGAGGAGAGUGUGAAGAGGGCUAGGGAGGAGAAUUCCGGGAAGACACAGAAGUAUUCCGGCUCGACUACAAACUCGCUGACUAUACACAACAUUAUGUACCCUGACGAUGAGGGGGUGUUCACACUCAAGGUCACCAAUGACGCUACGGCUGUUAUCGAGUCAAUGAGAGCAACCCUAGAUAUCUUGGACCCCCCGAUGAUCACCAUUCAGCCAUUGAGUCUUCCUUCUGCCCCGGAGGACGAGGACGCCACUUUCACUGUGGAAGCUUCUGGUCUGAUGCUCAGCUAUCAAUGGCAGAAAGAUGGAGUCCCCAUUGUAGACACGGAAAACACAUACUCUGGAACGCAAUCUGAGACACUGAGGGUGCUCUCUGUAACAGAACCGGAUGAUAACGGAAUGUUCACAGUGGUGGUGACUAAUCCGACUGGAUCUGUGACAUCCAUGCCCGCUACUCUAACAGUGUUGGCCCCGCCUAUCAUUGAAACAGACCCUCAGGAUAUGUGUGUUGCCAUGGGCAGCUCUAUCACACUGUCUGUCACUGCCUCUGGCCGUGACCUCUCAUACCAGUGGUUUCAAGGAGUAAAUUUACUGGUGGGUGAAACAACUGAUACGCUGACUGUUACCGUGACUGCAACCACUACGUACUUUAUUGAAGUGAGCAAUGCUGCUGGGGUGGACACAUCAGAAGAUGCUGUCAUCACUAUUGUUACCAUCCCCCAAUUCACUGUGCAACCAAGUAGCGUGGCAAAUCAACUCACCGGGAAUGAUGUCACAUUCACAGCUGAAGCUACAGUGAAUUGUGGUGACCUCUCCUACCAGUGGUGUAAAGAUGGCGUACUAAUCCCUCAGUCUGAUGAAUAUAACGAACUAAAUCCUCUUGAGGAGAGUGUGAAGAGGGCUAGGGAGGAGAAUUCCGGGAAGACACAGAAGUAUUCCGGCUCGACUACAAACUCGCUGACUAUACACAACAUUAUGUACCCUGACGAUGAGGGGGUGUUCACACUCAAGGUCACCAAUGACGCUACGGCUGUUAUCGAGUCAAUGAGCGCCACCCUAGAUAUCUUGGACCCCCCGAUGAUCACCAUUCAGCCAUUGAGUCUUCCUUCUGCCCCGGAGGGCGAGGACGCCACCUUCACUGUGGAAGCUUCUGGUCUGAUGCUCAGCUAUCAAUGGCAGAAAAAUGGAGUCCCCAUUGUAGACACGGAAAACACAUACUCUGGAACGCAAUCUGAGACACUGAGGGUGCUCUCUGUAACAGAACCGGAUGAUAACGGAAUGUUCACAGUGGUGGUGACUAAUCCGACUGGAUCUGUGACAUCCACGCCCACUACUCUAACAGUGUUGGCCCCGCCUAUCAUUGAAACAGAUCCUCAGGAUAUGUGUGUUGCCAUGGACAGCUCCAUCACACUGUCUGUCACUGCCUCUGGCCGUGACCUCUCAUACCAGUGGUUUCAAGGAGCAAAUUUACUGGUGGGUGAAACAACUGAUACGCUGACUGUUACCGUGACUGCAACCACUACGUACUCUGUUGAAGUGAGCAAUGCUGCUGGGGUGGACACAUCAGAAGAUGCUGUCAUCACUAUUGUUACCAUCCCCCAAUUCACUGUGCAACCAAGUAGCGUGGCAAAUCAACUCACCGGGAAUGAUGUCACAUUCACAGCUGAAGCUACAGUGAAUUGUGGUGACCUCUCCUACCAGUGGUGUAAAGAUGGCUUACUAAUCCCUCAGUCUGAUGAAUAUAACGAACUAAAUCCUCUUGAGGAGAGUGUGAAGAGGGCUAGGGAGGAGAAUUCCGGGAAGACACAGAAGUAUUCCGGCUCGACUACAAACUCGCUGACUAUACACAACAUUAUGUACCCUGACGAUGAGGGGGUGUUCACACUCAAGGUCACCAAUGACGCUACGGCUGUUAUCGAGUCAAUGAGCGCCACCCUAGAUAUCUUGGACCCCCCGAUGAUCACCAUUCAGCCAUUGAGUCUUCCUUCUGCCCCGGAGGGCGAGGACGCCACCUUCACUGUGGAAGCUUCUGGUCUGAUGCUCAGCUAUCAAUGGCAGAAAAAUGGAGUCCCCAUUGUAGACACGGAAAACACAUACUCUGGAACGCAAUCUGAGACACUGAGGGUGCUCUCUGUAACAGAACCGGAUGAUAACGGAAUGUUCACAGUGGUGGUGACUAAUCCGACUGGAUCUGUGACAUCCACGCCCACUACUCUAACAGUGUUGGCCCCGCCUAUCAUUGAAACAGACCCUCAGGAUAUGUGUGUUGCCAUGGACAGCUCCAUCACACUGUCUGUCACUGCCUCUGGCCGUGACCUCUCAUACCAGUGGUUUCAAGGAGUAAAUUUACUGGUGGGUGAAACAACUGAUACGCUGACGGUCACCGUGACUGCAACCACUACGUACUCUGUUGAAGUGAGCAAUGCUGCUGGGAUGGACACAUCAGAAGAUGCUGUCAUCACUAUUGUUACCAUCCCCCAAUUCACUGUGCAACCAAGUAGCGUUUCAAAUCAACUCACCGGGAAUGAUGUCACAUUCACAGCUGAAGCUACAGUGAAUUGUGGUGACAUCUCCUACCAGUGGUGUAAAGAUGGCGUACUAAUCCCUCAGUCUGAUGAAUAUAACGAACUAAAUCCUCUUGAGGAGAGUGUGAAGAGGGCUAGGGAGGAGAAUUCCGGGAAGACACAGAAGUAUUCCGGCUCGACUACAAACUCGCUGACUAUACACAACAUUAUGUACCCUGACGAUGAGGGGGUGUUCACACUCAAGGUCACCAAUGACGCUGCGGCUGUUAUCGAGUCAAUGAGCGCAACCCUAGAUAUCUUGGACCCCCCGAUGAUCACCAUUCAGCCAUUGAGUCUUCCUUCUGCCCCGGAGGGCGAGGACGCCACCUUCACUGUGGAAGCUUCUGGUCUGAUGCUCAGCUAUCAAUGGCAGAAAAAUGGAGUCCCCAUUGUAGACACGGAAAACACAUACUCUGGAACGCAAUCUGAGACACUGAGGGUGCUCUCUGUAACAGAACCGGAUGAUAACGGAAUGUUCACAGUGGUGGUGACUAAUCCGACUGGAUCUGUGACAUCCACGCCCGCUACUCUAACAGUGUUGGCCCCACCUAUCAUUGAAACAGACCCUCAGGAUAUGUGUGUUGCCAUGGACAGCUCCAUCACACUGUCUGUCACUGCCUCUGGCCGUGACCUCUCAUACCAGUGGUUUCAAGGAGUAAAUUUACUGGUGGGUGAAACAACUGAUACGCUGACUGUCACCGUGACUGCAACCACUACGUACUCUGUUGAAGUGAGCAAUGCUGCUGGGGUGGACACAUCAGAAGAUGCUGUCAUCACUAUUGUUACCAUCCCCCAAUUCACUGUGCAACCAAGUAGCAUGGCAAAUCAACUCACCGGGAAUGAUGUCACAUUCACAGCUGAAGCUACAGUGAAUUGUGGUGACAUCUCCUACCAGUGGUGUAAAGAUGGCGUACUAAUCCCUCAGUCUGAUGAAUAUAACGAACUAAAUCCUCUUGAGGAGAGUGUGAAGAGGGCUAGGGAGGAGAAUUCCGGGAAGACACAGAAGUAUUCCGGCUCGACUACAAACUCGCUGACUAUACACAACAUUAUGUACCCUGACGAUGAGGGGGUGUUCACACUCAAGGUCACCAAUGACGCUGCGGCUGUUAUCGAGUCAAUGAGCGCCACCCUAGAUAUCUUGGACCCCCCGAUGAUCACCAUUCAGCCAUUGAGUCUUCCUUCUGCCCCGGAGGACGAGGACGCCACCUUCACUGUGGAAGCUUCUGGUCUGAUGCUCAGCUAUCAAUGGCAGAAAGAUGGAGUCCCCAUUGUAGACACGGAAAACACAUACUCUGGAACGCAAUCUGAGACACUGAGGGUGCUCUCUGUAACUGAACCGGAUGAUAACGGAAUGUUCACAGUGGUGGUGAGUAAUCCAACUGGAUCUGUGACCUCCAUGCCCGCUACUCUGACAGUGUUGGUUGCUCCGACAAUUGAAGAACAUCCAGAAAAUGCUUGUGUUACUAGUGGUAGUACUGUCAGCUUCUCUGUUGCUGCUACGAGCCGUGAUCUUAGUUAUCAGUGGUUUUCUAGUACUCGUGAUGAGAGUCCAAUCAUGCUUGUUAACAUUGUGGGUGGAGUUAGUGGAGCUACCACCUCACAGCUGACUAUAACUGGAGCAACUGCAACUAAGUCCUAUUAUGUUGUGGUACUGAAUGCUGCAGGUGACAUCAAUUCGAAUCCAGCCACUCUUACUAUUGUGACUGCUCCAGACAUCAGUAUCCCAACAAGCCUGACUAAUCAAAUCCCUGGAGAUGACGUCAUGUUUACAGUGGCAGCAUCAGCUGAAUGUGGUGGCCUCACCUACCAGUGGUUUAUGGAGGAGAACAUGCUCACUGACGGUGACAAGUACACUGGGGCUACCACGAACACUCUGACAGUGAUGAACAUUGUACACCCUAGCGAUGAGGGAGAUUAUUCUGUGCAAGUGACCAAUGCCGCCGGCAGGUCAAUUUCUACUGGCACGCUCGAUAUAGUUGAGCCAAUCUCUAUCACUAGACACCCCAUGGACACAACAGUUGCUAUUAGGAGAACCGCCACCUUCACAGUGAUGGCCGAUGGAGACUCACCUUCGUAUCAAUGGAUGUUCAAUGGAAAUCCUAUUACCGAAACACCGUCAAAGUUUAUCGGAGUCACUACGUCUACACUGAUGGUAUUAAAUGCCGUUGAUGAAGACGAGGGUAUGUAUUCAGUAAUGGUGACAAACGCUGCGUCUCCUGCUCCGGGUGUAGUGUCCAACCCAGCCACACUCACAGCAUUGCGAACUCCAGAAGUCACUGGUAAUCCCGCUGAUCAAUUAACAGUACAACCUGGAGAUGAUGUCAUGUUCACUUGCCGUUCCACUGGCGACGACCUGGUGUACGCAUGGCUUAAAGACGGUGUUGUCAUCAGUGACCAAUCUGGGAUCUAUAGUGGGGCAAUGACACCCACCCUCACUGUAAUAGAUGCACAAGAACAGGGGGAUGAGGGAUCGUAUGCUUGCAUGGUGUCCAAUGAUGUGGGGGAUGACACUUCCGAGAGCGCCACUUUGGAAAUAGUCAACUGUGCCGAUAUUCCUGCUGCUGAAAAUGGAGAUAUUGGCUUCAGUAUGGAUCGUCUUACGCCUGCUGGUGGUUACUCUAUCACAACCGUGGCCACCUACAGCUGUAUUACUGGGCAGCUGUUUAAUGGAGACACCACUAGGACGUGUUUGAGCACUGGGGAGUGGAGUGGAAUAGCACCUGUGUGCCUGGAAUACUGUACCCCACUGACUCUCUCUGAUGGGGACAUUAACUACUCAAACGAUGCGAACGAGCAAUCCAGCUUCGUGGUUACCACGACAGCCACCCACUCAUGUGACACAAGAUUCAGCCUGGAGGGAGGCGUUGCAAUUAGAAGAUGUAUGUCUACUGAUAGUCCUACUGGUCAGGGCAACUGGGGCGGCAGCGAACGUACUUGUGAACCAACCUGUCCCCUGUUGAAUGCUCCUGGUGAUGGUAGAAUUUCAUAUGAACCGGCUCCUCUGACCAAUGGGGAGUAUGGUGUUGGCGCGGUAGCCAUGUUCUCUUGUGACAGUGACUUCGAUCUGUUCGGAUCCACCACCAGAACGUGCCAGGGUGACCACAUGUGGGACAAUACCGAAUCCACCUGCCAACGUGCUUGCCCUCCGCUUGAUGAUAUUGACAAUGGAGCUAUAUCAUACUCCCCCAAAGCUGUCUCCAUGGAUGGUAACUAUGCCGUAGACACUGUUGCCACGCACACUUGCAACCCUAACUAUGGCCGUAGUCGAGGAGCCCGGAGAAGGACUUGUACAAGUGAUGGCCAGUGGACAAGUAGGACUGUAACUUGUGAACUGAUUAUGUGCGAGGAUAUUCCCGACCCUCUAAAUGGAAACAUCGUGUUUGAAAUUGAUACCGUGGCAACGUUUGACGUUCUCACCACGGCAACGUACUCUUGUGACCCUGGCUACAGUCUUCAGGGGAGUGACGUGGUUAGAACCUGCACUGGGACCUCUAACGAUCACCUGGGAACAUUCAAUGGAGUUGCCCCAACCUGUGAACCCAUCAUCUGUACUGCUCACAGUGAAGUGUCUCAGGGAACAAUUUCAUAUGAACCUUCAAAAGAAGAGGAGGCGACAGGCGACGACAUAUUUGUGUUUGGUACCGUUGCUACUCUGGCCUGUAAUGGUGGUUUCUUCUCAGUGGGACAUGCCUCGAGCACCUGCAGGGGAGAUGGGUCCUCUACCGUUGGAGCGUUCAAACCCAACCUCGGAAUUUGCGAAACUGCGUUUGAGGUUGUCAUGUGCCCUUACAUUCCUUCCCCACUAAACGGAUGCAUUAACUUUGUCGAGGAUGACGUUUAUCCGUUUAAUCUGGGUACCGUGGCAACCUACAGCUGCGAUUCUGGAUUUGCCCUAACAGGAAGUGAAAUGAGAACGUGUGAGGUGAAUGGCGGUAAUCGAAUUGGAGUGUGGAGUUCGACUGAACCUUCUUGUGUCGAUAUAACUUGUAAUGCACUGGAAGACCUUGUUGGCGGUAGUAUCACGUAUGAUCCAGUUGUCAUUUCUGCCAUUUCAUUUGGGACCGAGGCCAUGUUCUCAUGUGAUGAAGGGUUGGAUCUGGUUGGUCCCCAUCUGAGCACGUGCGGAGGUCUUGAUGUGCCAGGAGAGUUCACUCCCAGCCCACCUCGGUGUCUCGACCCCAUCGAACUUAGACUAUCUCUGAUGAACGAUAAGAUCACCGAGGGAGAUGAUGUGACAGCUUGUGUGGACGUCAUUGCUGGAGCUGUUGUCUCCCCUUUUGAAGUUUGGGUACACUUUAUACUACCGUUCUCUCCUCCUGUUCCUGUGUGGUUUACGAUCAAUGUCGGAUUAUCUGCAAGUGAUACUUGUCAAAGUCUCUUUGAUUUCAACGAGGCCAAUAGUAUACCCGAUGGAACUAAUGUCAUUCCUGAUGACGAUGUUGAUAAUGGUGACAUUGUUGAAGUAGUGUUUGUUGAAAUUCAAGUGACGCCAUCAGACUCUCCAACCAUUUCCGUGAACCCGAGUUUCGCUCUACUGACAAUCUUGGACAACGAUUUUGCAAUCAUGUGCCCUGAUAUAUCGGACCCUGACUUUGGCCAGAUUGCCUUCACUACGGACACUACUGCACCAUUUGAAGAUGGAACAAUGGCGCUCUACAGCUGCAAUAGUGGAUAUGUCUUAAGUGCCGGGAUCAACCCCCGGGUGUGUGGCGGGGACGGUAGUAGUAGCGUUGGAGCAUGGAAUGGUGCUGCAUUCACUUGCACUCCGAACUUACCAGCCGGUGGUGACGGUCGUCCUUUGGUUGACUCACGGACACUAUCCAAGCCAUUUUCUACAACAGACUUUAGUGUGAGCUUUGACCAGAGCAGCUAUGAAGUGAACGAGGGAGCCGUAGACUCAGACAGUAAAUCGAAAUCGCCGAAGAAAAAUCCAGAUCCUGUCCUUAGUGUGUGUGUGGUGGUAUCUGGCUCACUGGAGAGCCAGCUGUCUGUGCAGGUCUCCACCGUAGAGGAUACUGCAAAGGGAUCUAAGGACUACACUGAUCUGGACGAGGAGCUUAAGUUUGACUCUGCUGGCCAGAAGUGUGUUGAUUUGGUCAUCCUGGGAGACAGCGUGUACGAGGGAGAUGAGGAGCUCAGUGUGUCUCUUAGCUACUCCCAGAGCAGCAAGACUGCUAUAGUCACCAUCAAAGAUGAUGACCAAGCCAAAGUGACUCUGAGUGGUGGUUCUGUGUGUGAGGGAGCUGGCUUUGUGACAGUCAGAGUGCAGCUGGACUCAGACAUUGAGACUGAUGUCAUUGUAUCCUUGGAGACUAGUGACCUCACUGCUGAAGCUUCUGAUGACUACAAUGAAUUGAGCCAGGACCUCACCUUCACCGCCCCCCUAAAUGCACCCUCUGAGCUCACUGUUUCCGUUGUUGUCAAUGACGACCGUGUGUUAGAGCCAUGUGAGGAGUUUCUGGUCUCUCUGUCCUCCACUGAUGAGGGGGUGGUGUUUGACCCCGCCUUCCUUAGGGUGCAAAUCAACGAUGAUGAAGAUGUCAGCGAGUUCUCUCUCACAAACAACUCUCCACAAAUCUACGGGAAGAGUCUAAACGCGACCUUUGAACUGAAGGGAUGUGCUGAACUCACCUGUAGCAUCACAAACAACAAAAAGUCUUUGUCAGAUUGUUCCCCUGCUCCUGGUAGCUACGAGGGCCAAUGGUAUAUUCCGGUAGCAACCAACAGUAAAACUUGCAAGGACCUCAUAAUUGACAUCUCUGCUCACUGUGAGGGUCAGAGAGUCCCCAGCUUUGAGAGCCGCUCCUUCAGAACUGACAACAAUAUGUGCAGCGUACAUUUCACCGACCAGCAGUAUGAGUACGACCCAGAGAGUGGUGACGUGACUGUGGAGUGGGAGGGAACUGGACCCAACGAGGAUGAACCUGUCAGUAAAUUCAUGUGCAAGACUGACACUGGAGUGAUGGAAUCUUGCACCAGUCCACUAAUCAUACCUGGCCUGACUAGCGGGAACCACAAUAUUACAGUGCAACCAGUGAUUGUGGAAGGGGAUGGGUGUAGGCGUCGCAUUGCCAGAAUGCUCCACUUUGACAUACCAUUAGUUAUUUCCGUGCAAUAGUACGUACAUAAAUGAACCAAAACAGACAUUUUUAACACAUCUUAGGCUCUAUGUGUAUAUACACGUAUGGACAGCUGUAUCAAAAAAUAUUAUUUUUAGAAAACGUUCUUCAUGUAAAAUAAUUAUGUGUGGUUUUGACGCUGAA